AUGGCGAAUGCGCUCAUUAUGGUUUCGUUCAUCUGCGCUUUGACGUUCGUCAUUGUGCUACUCUAUCACCUGCGAUUUAUGAAGUGUUUGAUAGGUUACAUGAUAAUAUCUUCAGGGACUUUACUAGGCGUGUUGGGUGGAAACAUGAUGCAGGUGGCGGUCGCCAUCUACGAAAUUCCCGUGGACAAAUUGACUUUUUACGGUUUUAUCUACAACUUUUGCGUUGUGGGGGUCCUAGCUAUCUUCUUCGGGCGCGGAAUUCCUAAAUCAGUCACACAAGGAUAUUUGAUUGCAACCUCGGUUAUUCUCGCUUGGCAUCUUUCCUACUUUGAUGAUUGGACGACCUGGACGUUGCUCAUGAUGUUGGCGCUGUACGAUCUCUGCGCAGUCUUGACUCCUUGCGGACCGCUCAAGGCACUGGUCAACCUCAUGUCUCAAGAUGACUCUCCCGACAUGCCUGGCCUUUUAUUUGAAGCCGAGCUUCCGCCCGAAGCCAAGCGUCCGGGUGGUAAGAAGUCACGGCCCGACAACAGUGCGGAAACAAACUCGCAAGUUACUUCUCAUCAAGAAGGUUCUGGCUUGGUGAAGUCCACUGAGCAACAGGAUCAAGCCGGCAACGAUGGGCAUAACUCGAUUCGACUUGGUCUUGGAGAUUUUAUUUUCUAUUCCGUGUUGGUCGCCAAGGCCGCACAGUACUCGUUUGCCACCUUUGCUGCCUGUCUCCUAGUCAUCUUGGCCGGUCUCGGUGGUACACUUGUGUUGUUGAGUGUGUAUCAUUCAGCCCUGCCCGCGUUACCCAUUUCUAUCUUUUUGGGUGUCAUAUUUUACAUUCUGACGCGUUGGAGCGUGGAGCCUUGGAUUGAGGCCAUCUUAACUCGACCGUAUUACGUAUAA